AUGGCUGGUCACGACCCGUCAAAUCAUAUUUCUGCUCCGAGAAGAUCGUCACCUGCGCCGCUCUCUCGUACACGCUUCUCGGCAGCAACCCUGGAACGAGAAAAAGUGUGCAAGGAUGAACCAGAGGCGAUUGUAAAAGACCUCUCGCUCAACUCGCUUACCUCGCCGGGGUCACCCUCGUCCUCCUUCCGAGGUUUCACCGCGCUGUUACCAUUGGCAUCCACUCCCGUCUCGCCACCAUACUGCACUGCGCCGCCGCUAUCCAUGCCGCGUCUGCGCCUGCUGAGCUUCACAACGGAGCUCGGCAUCGGGGCAUCCGUCUACAACAGCAUUUACCCUCGUCUGUGUACCAUCGAGUAUCUCCUCUCUGUUGCGAUGGUCAUCUACCUCUGCGCCUACGCUUUCUGCACGCUUCGGGUCUUCUGCGCGAAGAAUAUUCAUCACUAUCUCAGAGACCUUCUGGCACCCAAUACUUUCCUCCGCCGCUACAACGCCAUCGGCUACGAUAAACACGUAGACAGUCAGUGGGGGCGGUUCACUCAGCAGUACACAACGCUGGUAGAGCUCUCUGCUUUCAUGGGUGCAACAACCUUCCUCUGCCGCUGCGUGUCGAGCACUUCCAUGAGCCGCGCACCCUCGACGGCUGACUCGAUCUCAUCAUAUGACAUCAGCCAAAAUGGGCUUGCCGGCACUACGAACGGCGCUGUCACCAACAUCGGCACUCGGGGAGGAAGGCUGCCUGCAGAAAGCAGUGCUUCUGACGUUCGUGCAAGCAAGCUCGUGUCACUCGCGUUACGUGUGUGGCGUAUCAUCGCCGGGCAUUCAUGGAGUAUCCCUGCGUUCUACACCGUCACAGGAUUCAUUUUUGUGGCCGCUGUGCACGGCCCGCACUUCUUCCUUCCACUGCUCCUCAUCAUCGCCAACUACGUCAUCUUCUUGCGGCUGCAGCGCCUGUGCCCCUACUGGCUCUUCAUGGCCACCAUGUGGGCCACGCACGUCGCCGGCCUGUACAUCAUCGAGAUCGCCAAUGGGUUCGAGGGGACGUACUGGCUCCAGUACUUCUUCACCACGAGUGCUGAUGAGGCGCUGAAUCUCCUCGGAUAUGAGCAGAAGCCUCUGUGA